GUUUGACCAGUCAGUUGUUGGUCGUGCCGACUGAUCCGGCUUUUCAGUCUCUGACGUAACACUUCGAAGAAUCCUGAACUAAUUUUAAUGUAAGACUGGAUUAUUGGAUAACCCAGUGUUUUACUUUUACUAGGAUUCCCACAGUGAGCUACUGGAUAGGAUUUGCAGCAUAUAUUUACGUGCGCAUUUUGGUGUCUCUAUAUAAACAAACGCUCAGACCUUGUUUUAUCUUCCCAUAGAACUCCUUCACGAGUAAAGUUAAGCCGAUUGCAUAGGUAUUAACGAUCAACUAAUUCAUAUUUACGUCCCGUUUGGAUUAAUCUCCUUUCUUUCGUUCUUCUUGAUUAUUCUUGUUUUGCAUGUAUAGAGAGCUCUGUUUUACAUCAAUGUAUGAUGAGUUCUGUGAUUAAAUUCAAUUGUAGGAUCAAUUCCGACAAAUAUGUUACUUUUUUUUUGUGUGUGGAUAAGGGUUUUUUUCUUGGGAAAUUUUAGAACCAAGAAUUCAGAAUUAUGCAGAGCUUCUGUAUGACUGACAAAAGCAAUGAUUUUUAUGAUCGUCCUCUUCUUCUUCUUCUUCCUAUGUAGUGUGUGCUUGUUUGUCUCUCGACUGGAAUGGAGGGUGGUCCGCAUAAAGCAGACAAAGCAGAAUUCUCAGAAUGUUUGAGUUCUUUAUGGAGAACGCCGUACAUUAUGCGGCUUGCCCUGUCUGCUGGCAUUGGUGGCUUUCUCUUCGGUUAUGAUACUGGUGUUAUUUCGGGUGCUUUGCUAUACAUUCGGGAUGACUUUAGAGCCGUUCAGAAGCACACAUGGCUACAGGAAAUGAUUGUGAGUAUGGCAGUGGCAGGUGCUGUUGUGGGUGCUGGAUUUGGGGGAUGGAUGAACGACAAGUUUGGACGAAAAGUGGCAAUUAUGGUAGCUGAUGUGUUGUUCUUUAUUGGAGCACUAAUGAUGGCUCUUUCCCCAACUCCAUGGCUUAUAAUUGUGGCAAGAGUGUUGGUCGGUCUAGGAGUUGGAAUGGCUUCCAUGACCGCACCGCUUUACAUCUCCGAGGCCUCUCCCGCUAAAAUUAGAGGCGCGCUAGUCAGUGCUAAUGGCCUGCUAAUCACUGGUGGACAGUUUCUGUCCUAUCUUAUCAACUUAGCAUUCACCAGGGUUCCAGGCACAUGGCGUUGGAUGCUCGGGGUAGCAGCAGUUCCUGCUUUUGUUCAGUUUAUAUUAAUGAUUUUUCUCCCUGAAUCACCUAGAUGGCUUUAUGGGCAGGACAAAGUAGAAGAAGCCCGGACGAUUCUGGAGAAGAUCUAUCCUGCUAACGAAGUAGAACAAGAACUGAUGGCUUUGCAUGAAUCUGUUGCGCACGAGAAGGCAGAAGCAAAAGCCAUAGGAGAUAACAUAAUUGCCAAAUUAAGGAGUGCUUGGGGGAACACUGUCGUUCGCAGGGGACUAUAUGCGGGAAUAACAGUUCAAGUGGCUCAGCAAUUUGUUGGAAUCAAUACAGUCAUGUAUUACAGCCCGACAAUUGUGCAACUAGCUGGUUUUGCCUCAAAUAGGACCGCUCUAACGCUCUCCCUCAUCACAUCUGGUCUCAAUGCCUUUGGAUCUAUUGUUAGUAUGUGCUUUGUUGACAGGUAUGGGAGGAGGAGGUUGAUGAUCAUCUCAAUGUUAGGUACCAUAAUAUCUCUGGUUGUACUCUCGGUCUUGUUUAAACAAGCCAGCAUCCAUUCUCCAGCAGUCAGUGUCUACGAAUCAAAUCACUUUGGAGUAAAUUCGACAUGCCCGAGUUUCUUAAAAGCUCCAAACCUGGCUUCUUGGAGUUGUGAAUCAUGUUUACAUGCACCUGAGUGUUCUUUCUGCAGUAAUUCUGCCGGCAAAGUAAGUCUACUUACUCAAUCAUUCUAUUGAUCCAUGGAGCUAUAAACUUAUCUUCAUAUAGGGUUUAAACAUUGAUAAUUUAUCUAAAGAGGACCAUAUAUGUCUUUUUAGGCAGUGUUUGCAAUUGCUCUUGGGAAGCACUUUUGUGUUUUUUACUUAAAAAGAAGCUGAAAGACAGCAUUUCUAAGUUGGUGCUUCUAUUUAACAUUAAACAUUUAAAAUCUAAAAGUUGCUCUUAAACAUUCAAAUGCUGAAAGACAGCAUUUCUAAGACUGUUCCUCACUUCUGAAAUUCAUAGAAUGAUUUCACCCAAAUAAUACAAAAAAAAAACUUUUUUAGCUACCACUCUUAUUUUAAAAAAUUGUGAGCUUUUACCAGGAUAAUCCUUAUAUCCUCAUUAUUUUUUAAUUAUCGAACCCAAGACUUCAUGCUGCUAACUCUGCCCAUGUCCAUUUACCACUCAUCUCUGGCCAGUGCUGCUGGCUCUCUGAUCAUGGACUUCCGGUCAUUGACCACUUCUGCCUUUUCACUCACAAGUGAUCAAUAGUCGGCAGCAGUGGUGAUUGGUGAAUCGACAAGAUGCCAGAGGUGGAUGGAAUGACUUAUUUUUAAGUCAUAUGUUUUUUUCUAGUCACAUUUUUUGAAGCAAAAUGUGGGGGUCAAUAUAGGGAUGCAAUUUUCCCUAGUGUCAUGUAAAUGUUUACAACUUUGUUUACCAUUGACCAAACAGUAUAAUCCGGGGGCAUGCUUAUCUGCGACAAAUAUAGUGGAAGGAAUGUGCAAAUCCGAAAGGCGGGCAUGGUACACCCAAGGUUGCCCAAGCAAAUUUGGGUUCUUUGCAGUUUUAGUACUAGGAGCAUACAUCUUAUCCUAUGCACCAGGCAUAGGGACUGUUCCUUGGAUUGUUAACUCCGAGAUUUACCCCUUGAGGUACAGAGGCAUAGGAGGAGGAAUUGCUGCAGUUUCUAAUUGGGUGUCAAAUUUGAUUGUCAGCCAGACAUUCUUAACCUUGACCCAGGCUCUCGGCCCUUGGGCCACCUUCCUAUUGUUUGCUGGUUUUGCGCUCAUUGGCCUUACUGCCAUCUUCUUGCUCGUACCCGAAACCAAAGGGUUGCCAUUUGAGGAGGUCGAGAAGUUGCUUGAGAAAGGGUUCAGACCCAAGAUUUUCCGUUGCAAGUCAAAGGAUAGUGAUAUCACACCAAGCCAGACAUCAUAAGUUGAUAGUAUGUUUCAAAGGCAGUGCUUUUAGUUCGGACGUUUAGUUUUAUAUUAAUUUAUCAUAGUUUAGUGCUUACUUAGAAAAGCUGCAAUCGUUUUAGUGCAGUUAGUGAGAGUUGCUCAAUCAGGGCUUAACUUUCACUUCAAGGAGAUUAUGUUACCCUAUUAGUAAUGAUGUAAUGGAUAAUGUUCGAUAUUUGGAUGCUUUGUUUAUAGUAAAAAUGUCAUUCUGAUUUGUGUGUUCUAA